AUGCUGGCUGUGAGGCUUAGCAGCAUUUUCCUCAUUGACCACGCAUGGACCUACCGUGUGGAGCAUGCUCGCCAACAACUAAUGGAGGUUCCUGGCCUCUUGCACCGUAUGGCCAACCUCAUGGGGUUCGAAUUCCACGGAGAGGUCCCGGAUGAAGGAGUGGUGGAGGAGGUUCUUGCGGAGAUGUGGAAGUAUAACCAGACUUAUCAGCUCUCUCAUGGGUCUGCAGAAGAGAAGGUUCCGGUCUGGUACAUUAUGGACGAGUUUGGGUCUAGAAUUCAGCAUUCGGAUGAACCAACAUUUGUGACGGCCCCUUUUUACUACAUCCCCCAUCAGCUGGCUUACACCAUACUGUGGCCCCUCCGAGACAUAAGUAAUGGAGAGGAAGUUUCCCGCGACUACGCUUACGGAGAGACGGAUCCCUUAAGACGGAGCUGUCUGCUUUUACCAUGGCAGCCUGAGGAUCUCUCCCACAUUAACUACCAGACACCCGAGCCAGCGGAAACUCAUUAUCAGUUUAUUUUUGCAGAAAAUAAAGAGACCCUGCCUCACCCCGUGGAGCCUCCACUUCAUGACGAGAGUAAAAUCUUCAAGGUUUACACAGAUAUACAGCAGGUUCUGAACGCUGUCAACCAUCCGCGCUUCGUGUUCACAAAUGAGGAGAAGGAAGCGGACAUCCUCUUCAAUUUUUCUCAUAUUAAAGAUUACAAAACAUUCAGCACAGAGAGGCCUCACGUCCUGCUGAACCAGUUCCCAUGUGAGAACCUUUUGACGGUUAAGGAUUGCCUGGCAUCUAUUUCACGAAGGGUUGGAGACACCGAAGGCCCAAAAUGGCUUCCCCGUACUUUCAACCUGAAGACGGAACUGCCGCAGUUUAUCAGCUACUUUAAACAGCGUGAGCAGCGCGGGGAAGACAAUCACUGGAUCUGCAAGCCAUGGAACCUGGCCAGGAGCUUGGACACCCAUGUCACUACCAACCUGUCUUAUAUUAUACGUCAGAGAGAGAGCACACCUAAGGUUGUUUCGAAGUACAUUGAGAAUCCGGUGCUUUUCCAUCGGGAAGAUGCUGGGAUGGUGAAGUUUGACAUCCGUUAUGUGGUCCUCCUUCGCUCAGUGCAACCGCUCAAGCUGUAUGUCUACGACGUGUUUUGGCUGCGCUUCGCCAAUCGGCCGUUCACACUUGACGAUCUAGGUGACUAUGAGAAACAUUUCACAGUUAUGAAUUACACCCCAAGUGUACAGCUAAAGCAGAUCCAUUGUGAUGAAUUCAUCACCUUGUUUGAGAAGCAGUAUCCUGACUAUCCCUGGAAACCUAUACAGGAUGAAAUAUUUAAAACCUUUGGGGAGCUUUUCCAAGCUGCGUGCUCCAAACCCGCCCCGCUUGGCAUCUGCGACUACCCGUUGUCUCGUGCAAUCUACGCUAUUGACUUGAUGCUAAAGUGGGAGACUAACCAGGAAGGUAAAAGAGUUAUGCAGCCUCAGAUUUUAGAAGUAAACUUCAAUCCAGACUGUGCUCGAGCCUGCAAAUACCACCCGACUUUCUUCAACGAUAUCUUCAGCACUCUGUUCCUGGAUGAACCGCAAAACUGUCACGUGACUGCCAUCCUUUAAUGCUAAACCACGAGCUGUUUAUAGAGAGCUUCCUAGACUUUAUACAACCAGCAAUAUCUGUAUACAGGCUGCCCUAGCUCUGCUUGUAGGCCAUGGUGUGUAUACCUAUACAAGCUCCAAGCUAGAUUUCAGCCUGAGGAUAUCUCUGCAAUUAACUCUAUUCUUGCCCAACAUUAUUCUGCUACGUCAGUGAUACUUCAAUAAUAUCUUUUCUGUAGAAAUCUGAGGGGGAUUUUUAUUCAUCUAAAUAUUUCUCUGGCUUCUCUCUGUGUCUUGAAACAGUUGU